UAAAGUGCUGAUUUCCUUCCAGCUCCUAUAAUCGCGCAGGUAUCUGUGGUGGAGGCGUUCAACUAUCCAGAUACAAACAACAAGGUUUUUUAUACCGAGUUUGCGCUCCGGAAAUGGCCAGGUCAUGGCGUUCAGUGCCACUUCUCUGCCUGUUUUGUUUCGUUAUAUGGUGUGUGUUUGAAGCUGGAGCCAAAUCAGACUACUCUGUAUCCCUCCAAAGGCACAGGAGAGAAUGGAUUGUCCCUCCACAAAUUUUGGAGGAGAAUGUAGACUAUACUAAAAAGCCCUUUAUUGCCAGGAUUCGUUCAGACAAAGCGAAUGAAAGUCAGGUCCCAUUAAGAUAUGCUUUAAAGGGCAUCGGUGCAGACAAGCCACCCUAUAACUUGUUCAUUGUGGACCCUUCCACUGGCAACGUUAAAGUAACUGGGAUCCUGGACCGAGAGGUCAUUUCCCAGUACAAUCUCUCUGGAAUUGCGACGUACACUGAUGGAUCAAUAGCAGAGAAUGAAAUUCAGCUGAGAGUAAAGGUGCAAGAUCAGAAUGACAAUCCUCCCAUCUUCUUACCCAUCAGCACAGGAUCUGUGAAUGAGCUCAGCAAUAAAGGUACGACUGUAAUGAAAGUAACAGCAACAGAUGCUGAUGAACCUGGGAAUAUCAACUCUCAAAUCGUCUAUAAGAUUGUUGAUCAGAAGCCUCCAGGAGAGAUGUUUGAUAUUUAUCCGAAUGGAGAAGUGAUUGUUAAUAAUAAAAACUUGGACCGAGAGAAAGUUGACCAGUAUAAGCUUACUAUAAGAGCCUUAGACCUCAAUGGGGGUCAAGGUUGCAACACAGCGACAACAACAUUAACUAUUCAGAUCAAGGAUGUCAAUGAUAACAUCCCAGUACUGGAGCAGGACUCAUUUGAUGUCAGUGUUGAGGAGAACACAGAGAAUGUGGAGGUGAUGAGAUUGAAAGCCACUGAUCUGGACUUGCCAAACACUGAAAACUGGCAGGCUGUGUACACCAUUGUGUCAGGCAAUGGGGGUGGGCAUUUUAAUAUCGUCACUGAUCCAAAGACCAACGAGGGAAUCCUGAUGCUUGUCAAGAGUGUAGAUUAUGAGCAAGUAAAACUCAUGAAACUGAGCAUCAUUAUAAGUAAUGUGGCUCAGUUCUACCCAGGACAUAAGCCUUCAGGGAUAUCUGGAUCUACAGGAAUGUCGGGUGGUGGUGGUGGUGGUGGUGGUGGUAAAGUCUACACUAUGAAUGUUAAUGUAAAGAAUCAGCCUGAAGGCCCGGCCUUCAAUCCCAAAGUGAAGGCAGUUCCAGUUUCUGAAAAUGGAAAGAUGGUUGAUAUAAAAAAGGUCCUCACAACAUACACCGCUAUCGAUCCAGAUACAGGAUUACCUGCUCAUGGAGUCAAAUAUGUUAAAGGCUCUGACCAAGACAACUGGCUAUCCAUUGACGAGAAAACUGCUGAGAUCAAACUGAACAAAAUCCCAGAUCGAGAGUCUCCAUACCUGGUCAAUGGGACUUACAUGGCAGAAAUCCUCUGUAUUACUCAAGACAUGCCCUUUAAAACAGCGACGGGCACUGUCGCCAUCCAGGUGGAGGACUUUAAUGACCACUGCCCUACUCUACCUGAUCCCACACAGACGAUAUGCACCACUCAGGAAGUUUUGUAUGUCACUGCAGAGGACAAAGAUGAUUUUCCAAAUGCAUAUCCCUUCACAUUCAUUGUCCUGCCUGAAGGGACAGAUGGAAAGUGGAGUGUGGAGCUCUUAAAUGAUACAACAGCCAUGUUGGUGCCCCAAGACACAUUGUGGCCAGGCCUUCUUCAGGUGAUUCUAGAAGUUCGUGAUCAGCAGGGGAUGUCGUGUCCAGAUAAGCAGGUGUUAAAGGUGAAUGUCUGCACAUGUGAUGAAUCAGCAACAUGUGGCGCCAUUGCAGCUCAAGGAAAGAGCUCAGGCCUUGGCAGUGCCGGAAUUGGUUUGCUUAUCCUGGGACUCCUUGUGCUAUUACUUAUUCCACUCCUACUGCUGUUCUGUCAGUGUGGAGCAGCUGCCAUGAGCAGACCCUUCACUGACAUGCCUUUUGACACUAAACAGCAUCUGAUUUCCUACUAUACAGAAGGUCAGGGAGAAGACCGGGAUGUGCCCUUCUUCCUGAGUGACACUGAUGGUCCUAGAAUGAUGCCAGGUGACUUUUGGGCUAUCGACAGUGCAGCGAGUGGAGUUGCUGCCCUUGGAGCUGCAGGAGGUGCUGGUUACAUCAUCAAUAGAGGGCAAACCAGAAAUCAGAUUGAAAUGGCUUCUAUGAGUCAGGGAAUGAGCGGAUAUCUUGGGAUGACAAGGGAGGAGUUUUCCAUGUAUGACAGUGGACUGGGCCUUUCAGAAGACUUCUUCAACCAUUACUACCUACAUAAAACUCAGGACUUAUGCACCACAGCUGAAGAGAAUUUGCUGCUGUUUAGUUUAGAAGGUCAGGGAUCACCUGCUGGCUCUGUCGGUUGCUGCAGCAUCCUGGGAUCUGAUAAUGAUCUGGGGUUCCUUAAUAAUUUGGGGUCAAAGUUCACUACUCUAGCUGAGAUAUGUGGUGGAGGCACAAAGUUCACAAUGGCUGCUGCCUCCCUUCCUCCUCCAAAACCCAUCAUGGAUCACUCUGAAUCAGUUUCCAUGCACACCAGUUUUGCCAACACCAACACUGUCAACAUGGCCGCCGAAGUUGCAGCAUCCUCUACCAUGCACAGGGCGGAGAAUGUGGUAGUUAACGACACCCAUGUAGUAUCUGACGUGCAGCCAGCCCAGACUCUGAUCGAUGUGCCCACCCAGACCCUGAUGGUGCAACAGCAGCCAAUGUACUACAUGGUGGAGCCUCAGGUUUCUAACACUGUGCUGUUGGCCGAGAGGCCCAUGGUGGGAAUGACCCAGGGGAUGUAUGUGCUGAAUGGCGCUCCAGUGAACGAAAGAGUCCUGGUCCAGGGUGCUGUGCCAGCACAAGGCACGAUUGGUGGAGGAGACGGAGUGGUAUUGUUGGAAACAUAUGGAGAAUCCACCACAGCACUGAACACAGACUUGCUCCAGUCAGCUCAUUUGUCGGGUUCACAGCUUUUGCUUGUUGAUACAGGUGCACAAGGUGGCCAGGUCCUCCAAGGAAUACUGCCGCGAGGGAACAUCUCUGGAUCUCAAGGCAUAGUGUUUGUGGAAGGGCAAGGAGGGUCUGCAAUUCAUGGAUCCCUCCAAAGAAGUGUUCCUGUGGCCGGAGGCUCUCAGAGUAUGCAGUAUGUAGUAGAGAGGCAGGGAGGGACUUCAGGAAUCACUCAUGGAUCCCUGCAGAGGGCGGUAACAUCCACUGUCAUGUCCCAGAAUGGGACUAUUGGAUUGAACACAAGCACUGUACACGGACUUCCCAGCUCACAGAAGAUUGUUGUCAAAGAGAAGAAGGUUGUGAAAACCAAUCUGUAAAAUUGAUACAUUUUCCUCACACUGAACACAACACCAGUAGGCUGAGGUAAUGUCCUCAAUGCUUUUACUCAUAAAAUACAAGCAUUUUGACACACAAAGGUUCUUAUAUUCAUUAGUGCAUACACUGUACAUGUCUUGUCAUCCUUUUUAAAUUUACCUGUUUAUUUGGUCAUUGUGUGUGUGUUUUUUUUUUUUUUUAAUGUAAAUUGUUUUUAGGGUUACUGUGUUUCUUUGGUAUUCCUAAGAAAUGUAAAUGUCAUAUCACAAGUAACCCUACUUAAAAGGUAGGUCAACUAUGUAAAUUCAGGGUUUCAACCUUUUUUAAAAAAACAAAACAAAAAAAACACCCACUUUUUUUUUUAUUAAAUUGUCAUAGUAUAUUUCACCAAGAAAACUCAGAAUUUAUUUUUUUUCUUUAAAGGAAUUUCACACUUAAGUAACAGCAGCCUGACCCUCCAUUAUGUCUCUCUUUUAAAACGAGAAACCAAUCAAAAUGCAAAAAAUAAAUAAAAGUACAAAAGACUGUUGAGCAGUGUAGGCUUAAUUUAGAAAUUAACAAAAUCACUUUAUCUUGGAGGUAUUGAAAAAUGUGUACUACAUUUGGAAUGUUUUCAAAAUGGUUUUUAACUGUACAACAUAAGAGGUCACCAUUUUGUGUAUACCACUAUCAGUUAAGCUAGUUACAUGUUAAGUAUUGUAAUGUUAAAAUAACAAAUAGAUUAAGGCACUAAUACACAGGUUUUUUGGAUUGAUAUAAAACCAACUGCAUGUUUUACAUUAGCACAUAAAGCAUGUGUUCACAAACAUAAGGCUUAACUACACUAUAUCUUCUACAAAUAAUAGGCUGUUCCAUUUAUAACAGAAAGGAACAGGAUACUGUUCCUUUCAUUUGAUGCCUUGUUCUUAAGACAAUCUCAACAAUUUAGCUUUUCCAACCUUAUGUUAUGAUAGAUUGAUGUGUCCUUUCCUUUAAACUAUCAGAAUGUAAAGAGACUUUUAAGUCAUACAAUGGUGGUAGUGUUUGUUACCUCGCCUGGCCUGGAGUCUAGCAGGGGGCGAGGUAUUGUUUUCGGUUGGGCUUGUUUGUUUUUUGUUAACGAUAUUACAGGAAAACAGCUGGAUCAAUCUUCAUGAAACUUUUAGGAUAGAUGGGCAUUGGUCUGAAAUAGAACCUUCAACAUUUUGAGGGUCAUCCAGUCAAGGUCACCAAAAAGGUCACAAUCGUUUUUGUUGUAGCUACUGCCUCAUAUAGAGGCGCUAGCCACUAUGUCAUUGUGCUGUAAGAGUGUAACAGUUGCACACUGCGCAUGCACAUGUUCUGAUUAAAAUGGCUGGUGAGUGUAUACAAUUCGGUUCACCAUUUGAAAUAAAUGGACUAGACUAAAGAAAUCGCUUUCAGACAUGUUUAUGCUUAUUACAGAGAGAAAGUGCAUUCCACUGAGCUCUAGUGCCAGGCCAUUUCUGGGAAAUGGCGACAGCAUGUGUAUGUCAGUCUCGGUUCGGAGGUUUCAGUUUCGAAAACUGUAAGAGGUAAGAGUAGAAUAAUAUAAAAGUACAGACACUUGGUAUGUUUCACUUCUGUGAUUUUUAAAUUGUUCAUUUUUGGAUUACGCUUCAUUUUUGUGGAUACUGCCUCAUAGAGUAAAUAUAUGCUAUAUUUAUGGACAUGGUAUCAGGAAAAAAAAAUUUAUAAGCAGUAGCCACAUGUACUCAUAGGGUACCUAUUUUUUCACGAUAUCUUCCUUCAUAUUCAUCAUAAGUGCUACUGGGUGAGGUUUGUUUUGUCUGGCAACACUUGUAUCUCUUUCUGUUAUGAAUUAAUGUACAGUUACACCUCCUUUAUCUAACAGGUGUCCAUGUGUACUUUUGUUUUUACAUGAAAUGAAGAGAAUUAAUAUGGGACCCUCAAAUGUAAUGUAAUGUUGAGGUCAAAUAGUCAUUGAUGUUUUAAGGGGAAACUGAACUCAAAUGGGACUACUUUUUUAUUUCAUUUUUAUGGAUAGAUUUUUAAGACUUGCAUCAGCAAAAUGAAUGUGCUUCAUAAUAGACUGCCAUUUACUAUCAAAGAGAGUGCUUUAACUUUCAUCUGUGGGUGUUAAACUGGAACCACAUGGAUUUAAUUUCUCAUUUAUUACAGAUUUUAAUACAAUAAAAUGACAUGCAAUGUUUUGA